AUGGAUGUUGAUGUUAGUGGUGGAAGUGCGAGCAAGGAGAAUGCAGCUGUGACUCAACUGUCUUCGUUGCUGACAACACCUGAGCCAUGGCACCUUUCACUGACUCAGACACCAGCCAAGAAAAAAGCCAAAGAGGGUGAAACUGUGGUCUUAAAUUGUCACUUUAACAGGCCACGAUACACCACCCUCCCUGACCUAAUGGUGAGGUGGUACAAAGAAGAUGAAAAGGGGCAGAUGGACCUGCUAGAGAACAAUGUGACCGUCUCACCAAAUAACUCCAGGAUUUUCAUGAGUGGAGACUUGUCCCAAGGGGAUGCCUCCCUGGUGAUCCUUAAUGUGACAACCAGUGACCAUGGUAUUUAUUAUUGUCAGGUUACGCUUCUGGACGGGAAGGUGGUGACAGGAGAUGGCACAAAGCUCAGGAUCAGGAGGGCUCUGGGCUUGUUUGGUAUAGAAGAAUCUGUGGGAACAAUGACUGCAAUUGUGGCGGCUGGCAUGGGAGGCGUGGUGCUUGUCAUCACUGUUUUAACCCCACAGAUGAGGAGGUGCAUCCUCUGCAUGAGACAAGGCUCUCGCCAAGGGGUGAAGGAAGAGCUGCGCUCGCCAGUCACUGGAGCGUUGCCGCCACCUGAUGGCCAGCGUGGCGGGGACAGCGACAGAGCCAGGAGCUCUGCCUCCCUUACCGGGGAGUCUUCCUGA